AUGAGAGCCGAGUCAGAUCCAAACCCGCUGGCGGCAUUGUCACCUCCGCAUUGGGUGAUUAGCGAUACCGAUCAUGGUGGAUAUGUGGUUAUAGCAAACUGGACGAUGAUGUGUUUUAUGGUUAUAACAGUCAUCGUCAGCCUGCUCAGGAAGCUAUCCAUCAGAUCAUGGAGCCUCGAUGAUAACCUGAUGGCAGCUGCUGGUGCGUUUGGGCUGAUACAAUGCGGCAUACUUCAUAAAGCAGCCCUGGCUGGUCUUGGACGCCACGAAGCCAGCCUACUCGACGACGAGAUAGACAUGUGCAACAAAUAUAACUACACAUAUCAGAUUCUAUUUAUCAUAACCAUCGUCCUGGCCAAAAUGUCGCUGCUCCUUUUCAUCAUAAGAUUGACGCCAAACGUGGCCACCAUCAGGGUCGGAAGGAUCAUCCUAUGCCUUAUUGCUACAUGGGGAGUUGGGACCGUCUUCGGGUUUGCAUUCCAGUGCUCCUUGCCACAGCCAUGGAACAACUCCUCUGGCGUCUGCCGAAACCAGUCUGCGCUGUACUAUGCCGCUGGAGUCAUUGAUAUCAUCACCGACAUCGCCCUUACCAUCCUGCCAGUUGUCAUCCUCUGGGGUGUCCAGAUCCAGCAAAGAAAGAGAGCAAUAGUGAUGCUGGUUUUCAUGGCCAGAAUGCUGUGGGUUACUUCGGCGCCUACUUUGACAGAGAAACGGCUAACUAGACUCCACAGCGUAUGCCUUGCAGAGAUCCCGCGGUUGAUCUAUUUGUCGCGAUAUAUUGGAUCCGCUGAUAAAUCCUGGUACGGCGUCAAUGUGGCAAUUUGGACACAGGCAGUCACGCACCUCAGCAUUGUUACAGCCUGCAUUCCCAGCCUACAGCAUCUUUUGGCGAGCAUGCAAUCCGGCGUCUUCAACACAGCCCUCCCAGCUGGCUUUGAAGGUGGCCUCUCCUACAACCUCGAGUCCACUGGCAGUAGAGGCAUGUCGCGUGAACUGUACGGCUCAAAGAGGGUCGGCACAACGCGCACAACGGUCGAGUCCGGCACACAGCCACAGCGCUCGGAGAGCAAGACGCGUCUAGUAGUGGAUGGAGGGAUUUACAAAACAACGGAGUUCAUCCUGAACAACGUAGAAAGCGACCAAGACAGCGGAGCACGGAAGCGGGGCCCGCCGGCGGGAUGCAUAGGCUGAAUGUAGCCCGCUGUCAUUUGGAGCCUAAGUGCGGUAGUGGAUGGUCCAGUGGCUAGUCUAGUGUUUAUUGCUGGAAGUAACGCAGAGUGGUCUGGUAGGAUCGGAAUUAGAUACGCAUAGCAAAUAACGUCUUACUCUUCAUACUCCAUCCCCUGUAGCACAUUAGCGGCGUGGGCGCGCACCAGGGCGUUUGCUUUAGCUGGCCGUUUAUACCGGCGGACGUUUUUGCCAACCCGCAGAAUGUCUCGCUUUCGCAUAUGGCGAAGCUUGCGGUUCUUUGAUUGAUUCUCCGUAGGUAUUGGUUUGGUUUGCGGUGGGUACACCCACGUACACACGGUCUGAAAUAUCUUGGCAUAUUGUUGGAUAUAUUGUAAUACCACCUAAUCGGACCGUUCUAGGCACGAGGCCCAAGCCACCAGGUAGGUGACGUAGGACUGCCAUAUAUGCCGGGCGUAGGGCAGACUGGUGCUAGGCAAAGCUGGGCGUAGGAUCGGCAUCA